UCGGCCGGCGAUGCAGGUACAGGAGGCGUAGCUGACAAUGGCACGUCUCCAGCAACCGCCGCGCUGCCGACGAUGUCGGAACGCGUACGAUGGUGGGCGGUGGUGCUCGUCAACAUCGUGUUCCUCCUCGGCGGGCAGAGCGUCGCGAGCUUCCUCGGCAGGAUCUACUACGACCAGGGUGGCGGCAGCUUGUGGAUGGCCACGGUGGUUCAGUCCUGCGGCACGCCGCUCGCCAUCCCACUGCUCCUCUACUUCCGGCGCCGCCCUAGGUCCACUGCGGUGACGCGGCUGCCUCUCAUCAAGAUCUCGGCCAUCUACGCCGGCCUGGGGGUCCUCCUCGCCGCCGACAACCUGAUGUACUCGUACGCGCUCCUCUACCUGCCGCUGUCGACCUACUCCCUCAUCUGCGCGACGCAGCUCUCCUUCAACGCCGUCUUCUCCUACUUCCUCAACAAGGAGAAGUUCACGGCGCUCAUCCUCAACUCCGUCGUGCUGCUCACCUUCUCCGCGGCGCUCGUCGGCGUGAGCCACGGCUCGGAUGGGACCAACAGCAGCGUCCCGGAGGGGAAGUUCCCGCUGGGGUUCGCGCUGACGCUGUCGGCGUCGGCGCUCUUCUCCCUGAUACUGUCCCUGAUGCAGCUGACCUUCGACAAGGUGCUCAAGAGCGACACCUUAUACGACGUGAUGGAGAUGCAGUUCUGGAGCAACACCGCCGCGGCCGUCGUGUCGGUGGCCGGGCUGUUCAUCUCCGGCGAGUGGAGCACCCUGGACGGCGAGAUGGACGGGUACAAGAAGGGCAAGGUGGCCUACGGGAUGACGCUGGCGUGGACGGCCAUAUCGUGGCAGCUGGCCACCGUGGGCAUGAUGGGGCUCGUCGCGGCGGUCUCGUCGCUCUUCACCAACGUGAUCAGCACCGUGGGGUUGCCGCUGUCGCCCAUCGUCGCGGUGAUCUUCUUCGGCGACCGGAUGGACGGGGUGAAGGUGCUGGCGAUGCUCAUAGGGGUAUGGGGGUUCUUGUCCUACAUCUACCAGCACUACCUUGAUGAUGCCAAGGUUAAGAAGAUACUAGCUGAGCGAUUAGCCGACGACGACGAACACCACACUGUAAAAUUCAAUACGGAGUGAAUAGAAUACGCAGGACUUAGACUGUGCUCACCCCGUUCUUAAAAAAACUUUGUUCAUCCCUGUGAGGAUUUUAGUAUUUUAC